AAAAUUCAAUUAAACAAAAGGGAAAGUGAUAAGAGAAAGAGACCAGAGGAGUUCAAAUCUCCAGAAAUUGGAACUCCAUUUCUCGACAUACAUACAUGACCGGUGGCUUGCGUCUCUGUGGUUUAAAUUCACUAGAAAAGGUUUUGACAAAAAAAGGCUUUGAUGGAUGAUCCAUCUAGUUCAGCUACGACCCUCGCGUGGCUUUGGGUGAUUGAGUACUUGGCAAGUUUUCGGCAAAUAGAGCCCUCGAUUUUACAUGAAUUGAUUGAGGCAGCUCCGGAAAUACCUGAUGAUUUGGGGAAAAACACGAGGGAAAUGGUUGCUUUGAGAUGCUUAGAGGAUUUGUUUUGUCGUAGUGAUAAUGGAAUUGCGAAUGGUGUUACUUCUAAAGAACUGAAAGUCACGUUUGAUUUGUCGGAGAGUUGUGAGGAUGUGCUCCAGUCCAUACUGCAAGAGACAUCAGUAUCAGAUUUGAAUAGGGGUGGACCGGAGCUAUUGAAAUGGGACAUUCACCCUUUCAUUAUGCAUAAAAGAGCUUGCAUGUCUAAAUGUGCUUUGGAGAAGGUGAAAGAUGCAAUUCUUGAGGGUAUUCAUCCAUAUGCUUCGUUGAAGGAAUAUAGUAAACUGGUGAAUGCAAAUGAUAGGGGUAAUAGAAUCACUACAGAUUAUGGGGACGAUGGUGCACCUGUGGGGUGGAUAGGUGGGAGUGAUACUGAUGGACAAAUUAACCCUCCUGAAGAAAGUUCCAUUCCUUUGCUGCAUGAAAAUGAGAAUGUAGUGGAAGACAAUUCAUGUAACAGGAACUUGUUACACUCUGAGAGAGAGAGAGGUGGUUCAGCUAGUCAAAAUCAGGCUGGAGACCAUGAAGAUCAAGGUUGUGUUGAUGGUGAUCAUCUUCAGCCACAAGCCAAGAGGUUCAAGGAAGAUGCCUUGCAUGACAAUCUGUCCAUGGGACAAAUUUCUUCGACUCCUUCACAGCACAAGGACAUGGUAGAAGAUUCAUUUGAGAGAGUGGUUGAGGAUUCUGAAAACAGAGAUUUUCACUUGGAAAAAGAAUCUUCACAGGGAGGACUGGAAGGAAGCAGACCUGUAGAGAACGAUCAUGAUGAAGAUGAUGGUAUAGAUAGGCACAGGCAUAGUCUUGAUGCUGACAAUGCGUUCCAGCACAAUCAGCAUGAAAUUGCUCAUAAUACCAACAAAAUGCCACUAUCUGGGGAUGGACUCCAUCGGUAUAGCUUCGUGGAUGAAAUCCACCAUCCUGAACCUAGAAAAUCAAAUGCUGCACCAUCUGUGGGAACCUCGGACAGAUUAUUUGUAAGUGGAAACAAAGACAACUCUGAUCAUAGUGGUCAACAAAAACCAUCAAAUAGUGUAUCCUCAAAUGGAUUUCAGAGGAAUACUGAUGCUGAUGAAAGAGAAGCUGGCACAGACCAUCUAUUUGAAGAAGAUGAGUUUGAGCAUGAGAGGGUUGAUGUUGGUCUGAAGAAGAGUCAUUUUCUGAGUUCUCAAUACAUGAUAAGUCAUGAUUCUCUGGCAGAAGGUAACUGGACAGAUCAAAAUCUUUGCAUAAAAUGCCGUAAAGAUGGUCAGUUGUUGGUUUGUGGUGCUGGUAGUUGCUCAUUGGUGAUUCAUGAGAACUGUUUAGUUUUCUCACCACAUUUUGAUGAGAGGGGAGACUUUUACUGUCCUUUCUGUGCAUAUUCUCUUGCUAUUUCAGAGUACCUUGAAGCUAAGAAAAAGGCCUAUUCAGCGAGGAAGGAACUGAAGUUAUUUAUUGAAACGAGACAGGAGUAUCGGUCAAACAAACAUGCUCAUAGACUACUUAGCAAAAGACAUGGCAGCUCAAGACAGAAUGAAGAUAAGGAUCUGCUUAAUAAAUUUCUUGAUUAUGAGAAUUUGGUUGGAGAAAAACACAAACAAUCAAAUAAUCAAGGUCACAUAUCUAACGGUAGUGACCAUCAAUUUCAGAAAGGAAAAAGGAAGAAGAAGCAAGUAGAGCCUUUGGCAUCAUGCAUUGGUGUUAAUUCGCUGUGUAGAGAAGAAGUGCCUGAUGUAAAUGUUAGGACGAAUCAUAUAUCUACUGUAGAAAAGGAAGGGGAGGAGGUGAUUCAAGAUAACUCAUCUGGAACUGAACUUGACAUAAAUCAACACCAAGUUAGUGUUGAUCCUAAAGACACUGUUGAUAAUCAUUUGUGUAAAGAGAAGGAGAUUGCCUCUGGAAGCCAGAGAACAGAUGGUCGAAGACAGAAAGCUGUUUGUGCCAUGAGCAGCGAUGGAGGAGAAACCUCUGGCGAUGAAGAUGACAAAUCAAUGAGUACUAAUUACUUCAUAAGAUUCCGAAAGAGAGAGAGACAAUAUACCCCUGCAAUGCCCCAGUUGAGGCGAAAAAAGGUUCCGUGGACAGCUGAUGAGGAGGAGAUACUAAAGGAGGGAGUGCAGAAAUUUGCAAGUGACGGGAAAUAUCCCUGGAAGGACAUUUUGGAGUAUGGUAGUUCUGUAUUUUCGAAUGGCCGAACAACAAUAGACCUCAAGGAUAAAUGGAGGAACAUGUGCAAAUUAAGCCCUAAAUCCAAGUAAGAAUUUGCCGGCCUCAUCAGUUUGCGUAUAUGGAUGUGUUCUUAUAUUUGGGUCUGGUCAGCUUUACUUUUUCAGCAGGAUGCAUUCUGAUUGUCAAAGAAACUGUUGUAUAUUAACUUUACACUCGACACCUUGUUAUUUUCUGUAUAGUGUAUGCUAGUUAGCAAAACUUUGACGGUUUAUGAGAUGGAUCUCCGUUUUUGGCA